CAGAGAAUUCUUGAAUUCAGUUCGUCAAAGCAUGUCGCGGCCUUCGCAUGAGUCCGUGAUACCCGAGACGGCGCAAUUGUGGUGUCCAUUGUGUUCUGCGCGUGCUCUUGAUUCAUGCGAUGCUGACCAUCGUUGUGGCGCGGCCUCUCGGUGGCUUUGCCGGCUCUUUUGAGAUCGAGAUCGAGACCGCACUGAAACGCGGCUCCCGUACGGAAUGGCGCAGUCGGGAAGGAGAGAAGCUCGACGCGACGUGGACUGGGCGUGGGAUGGGCGGUCAGCCAGCGUCCGCAUCAAUGGUCCCCGCAAUUAUCAGUUUGAAUAUCAAUUUCGUGCGUCCCUCGUGCGCAUGACUUGCGCUAAGAGUUGAUGGCAGCCUCUCGUCGUCCAGCUCGUCGCGGUCGAUUCGAGAUCCGAGUGUUCGCAGGGACCUUGUUUGCAGGGACCUUAUCCUUGGUCAGAGCGGCGUCUCCAGAUGGAAUUUGGCUUGAGUACACCUUCGCGAUACUUCCUCGACCUGAUACGGAGGUUCGUCGGUGGUGUUCCUGUUAUGAGCUUUAAUCGACGCAGAUGGAGUCUGGCCCGCGCCCAUUCGUGCCCAUGUUUCCACGGCGGCCUCGCAGUCGCCGGUCUCGAGGCUUUUCAUGCUGGUGUUCU